CGGCCCUCGGCUUUCGUGUUUCACCCUCGUCCGGACAAACAACUCGUAAGACAAAAUUACGCGCCACGACCUCACCCCGACCCCACCACCGAGAAACACAGCCAGGAACCCACAGCUGGGGCCCAAAGAAAAUUUCCCGAGUGAAAGAGAUCGAUAUUCAAAGAAAGUAUUAAAAUAGCCGACCACGGAGGAGAACGCAUCCGAAGAAAAUGGCGCCGAUCAAGCGACACCACGCGAGCCCUUCGUCGAGGAGCCACCAGGACGCCGAGGACGUUGACGAGCACCCGGAAGACCGUAGAGGGAGGCACGAUGCCCUGCACCGCGUAGACCACCGUAGACACGACCAUAUGGGACCGCUGGACGCCAGGAAGCCGUGCACCAUGAGAGCCGGCACCUGGGGAGCGGGCCGUCGUUCCGGUAGGACGUCGAUACAGAAACGCUGCUACUCCUGCAGGGACGGCAGGGACUGCUGCAAGGCCGACUGCGGGGAAGAGCGACUGCGAGCCAGGAAGUACAUCCGGAAGGCAUUGUCCUUCGGUGUGGACUCGGGGUACCUGAUCCCUGCGGACUCGGCCUGCAGAGUCCUUCGGGUGUCCUCGGCCCUGGCGAGCUACAAGGACCAAAAAGCCAUGGAACGAGGGUUCGACACUGCCCUGGCACGAUCUCAUCGGCGCGAAGGCUCCCCGGUUAAGUUCCAGGACUACGAGGUCCAGGACCGACGCAAGGGUCGCAAGGGUCGCAGAAGGCGCCGCUCCAGGUCGAGGUCCAAGAGGAGGCGUGGCCGCGGUAGAAAGCGAAGCAGCAGUAGAGGGGCGCGCCGAGUAGGCAGAGUGCGCGCGCAAAGGCCGAAAGACCCGCCGCACGCGACCGCCGAGGAGGAACCCGAAGAGCCGGACCGGGGACGCGAGGACGACGACGACGAGGAGUACGGCCUCGAGAAGGAGCAGCGCGCCGAGGAGGAGCGGAAGCGAGCAGAAGCCGAGCCGAGGAAGGAAGCGAAACCCUUGGCCCCCGAACCCCCCGAUGCCAGUGGAGGAACCAAGAGGGACGAAGACGUAUCCGACUUCUCGGCGGACGAGCGUUAUUCCGACGACGAGGGACCUCCCGAGAGGGCCUGA